CUCUAAUUAACAAAAAAAAGACUUAGACAAAAGUCUUCUCUGAAAAUGAAGCUCCAAAGCUCAUUCCUCGCUCAAUAUAGAUCCAUAAACAUACGUCAUCUUCAUCUUCAUCUUCAGUUUAGCUUAUCCCGCGUUUCACCGUACGAGAUUGCUAGUUAUGUCAGGCUAAAAUAUCAGGACGUAAAGUAUCAUUUAUGGCUGCACCCAUUUUCGUUGGCAGCUAAAACCUCGAAUAUCUGUUUAGUCAGUAAUGUAUAUGCAAGCUGCACAGUGGGCAGCAAUGCAGCAUGUAGGCUUAGCAUGAACGACAUGAUCUCCAAGUGAAUAGCAUAUUGAUUAUUCUUACCGUGAUUGAGCAUCCAGAAGCUACUAUGAUUACAAAUAUGCUAAAUGUCGUAUUAGGAAUACUGCCAGCACUAUAUGAAUUUUGGAGACGAUUUGUGGAGGUAGACAUGAAACGCGCUGAGCUGAGUAAUGUGCUGCAAGAAGUAGUUAGCCAAGCGGAAGACAUGAAUCAAGAAGCGAAAAUGGAAGAGCUAGAACCUGGGAAAAAGCGCAAGAGAGUGUUGGAUUCCUACUUAAAUCAAGCUGAAGAUUACAAAAGGUUCACACAGGUGGUGCUAGACAGAAGUCAGGAAGGGCAGUGGAUACUGAAGCGUAUGAGGUGGGUGCCCAGCAUUGAGCGACACCUCAAGGAAGGACAGGGGAUUUUGAGCAAAGGUAGGCAGUUGCUAGAGCAAGGCCUGACGUAUGACGAAGUUAGAAUGCGUGGGGAAAAGUUACCUUUGGAAGAGAAUCAGUACAUCGGUGAGACUGUUUGUGGGCUAUUCAAUAGAGCACUCCGAGUCCUGAGAGAUGGCAGUGUGCAAUGUAUUGGUAUAUAUGGUCAUGCUGGAGCUGGCAAGACUAAUCUCAUGAAGCGCCUCUACAACGAAAUCUUUGAAGAUCAAGAGGGUUUCAAGGCUGUCUUUUGGGCUACGGCACCUAAUUUUGAGAAUGAUCGGAGAAACUACAACAAGGCCUUGCAAAAAUGUGUGGCAGAUGGGAUGUGGGUUGAUUUAGAAAAUGAUGUUGUUCACGAUGAAGCAAGAAGUGCAGGAAAGUUAAUGGCAAGACUCCAGGAUAUAGGCUCUGGUAAGGCCGUUUUCUUCUUGGAUAAUGUGAAACAUGAGUUUUCAGCUUAUGAACUUCUAGGAAUACCAUCACUUAUGACUCCAGAAAGUACUAAUGUCAACUGCAUCCUAGUGUUUAGUACUCUGUCUAGAGACGUGUGCAACAGGAUGCAGUGCGACCUCCCCCUCAAGAUGGACCUAUUGGAGAAGACAGAAGCCGAGGAGCUGUUCUUGCACGAAGUUAGAUGCGGUGAAAAUCAUCGUCUGCUCUCAAAUCAAGAGCGAAGGAUUCAAAGACUAGCAAUUAAAGUGGCAAAUGAGUGUGCUAGAAUGCCGUUGGCUAUCAUCAUCAUAGCGCGGUCCAUGGUUAAUAUUAAAGACCUUUCAGAAUGGCAAAACCGGCUGAAUGAGUUGAUGAACACCAUUUCUAGCAUCCAUGAUGAAGAGGAUAAGAUACUAGAGCAGCUCAAAUUUGGAUAUCAUCGUUUGAAAGACAACACUGUCCAGCAUUGCUUUCUUGUCGCUGCAAAUUUGUUGGUUAAUGAUCGUCAGGUUUCUAAACGGCAGAUUAUUGAAAAAUGGAAGAAUUCGGGGCUAAUUGGUAUGGACAGACCAAGUGCGUAUGCUGAUGAUCAGGGUCAUGCUGUGCUGAAUCAACUUGAAAGAAUGUGUUUGAUUCAAGUUGCACCAGAUCUUUCAACACUGACUAUGAACAAGUGGAUCUGCAAGAUGGCAAACAGGGUUACUUAAACUAUCGACCUUUGUGAAUUUGGUCUAUCUCAACUCGAAGUUGGAGUUUAGCUGAUCUUGAGUUGGCGGUUUCGUUCAUAUAUCUGUCAAGACAAGAAUCUUUGGGGGUGUUUGUUGAACAAUUAUGAUUUCUAACACUACCAAUUUCUUUUUGAUUUAUCCUCCUAUCAACUGUUGCAGUAUUGUGUGUGUGUUUUUUUUUUGUUGAACAAUUACUAUAGUAUUGUUUGUUAAUUAGUUGUGUAAUCUUCCUUCAAAUUCUUAGUUUUCCCGUUGAGAGUGUCGA